GACACAGCCGGUCAAGAGGAAUAUUCUGUGGUUAGGGAUCAGUACACACGUACUGGGGAUGCGUUUCUCCUGGUGUAUAGUAUAACUGACCGGUCAAGCUUUGAGGAGGCGGAGGCGAUCUAUGACAUGUUACUGAAAAUCAAGGGAGAUAACCAUGUUCCAGCGGUUCUGUGUGGCAACAAACUUGAUCUGGAUGCAACCAGAGAUGUCUCACAUGACGAAGGCAAAGUAUUGGCUCAGAAAUUAGGGAUUCCAUUCAUGGAGACCUCCGCCAAAGAUGGAACAAAUAUCACAGAAGCUUUUGAAGUACUGGUGAAAGAAGUUCCCAGAUUGCAGCCCUCAUACAAGGUGGUCAUCCUAGGGAGUGGAGCAGUUGGAAAAUCAGCGGUCACUGUGCGAUAUAUCACCAAUACUUUUGUGGAUUGUUAUGACCCUACAAUCGAAGACUCCUACAGGAAAAAUGUCAAAAUUCCUGGCCUGAGAGAAAAACAUCGGAAAGCCGGAACUGACAAAAGGCCGCAGUCAAAGCGUCCUCCGCAACAACAGGCAGCUACAUCUAAUGAACCUCGUAGUGUCAGCAGUAGCCUGGACGACUCUGGAAUAUUUUACCAAUUUAAACGUUUGCUUAGCUUCACAUUUGGGUAUGCCUCUGGUCAGAAGAGAGUGACCUCGGCUCCUGCUGAGCCCAAGAAGUGUGAGAAAGCCACCAGUAAUGUGGUUCUUGUUUCCCUAAAGACUCUGGAUGAUCCUCAGGCCACGGCCACAGGGGACCCUGUAAAAUGUGACUGUGAUGCCGUCCUCUCCUCAAUCUCAAACACGGUACAAGAUGACGAAAACCUCAAAUGGAAUUGUGAAUUUUGCCAGAAAAAGAAUAUUAUACCAAACACCAAGAAAGAGGAGGUUCCCACCGAGUCUGUAAUAGACUACAUCAUGUCCCCACCGGCCCCUUCCGACCCCGAGGUGGGGCAGCAGGCAGAAGCAGCCAAAGAAAAGGAGAAGCUACAUAUGGGGAAAGGCUACACCAUCUAUUGUAUUGACAUAAGCGGAUCCAUGAGUUUUACAGCUGAACUUCCAGAAUUACAAGUCGCAUGGAAGAAAGCCAGAACUCAGUCAUCCGACUUCGACACUCAGGUAACAAGGUUGGAUGCAAUAAAGGAGGCGUUGAAAAGACAACUUGAGCGACUGAAGCUGGAAAACCCAGACAGGCGAGUGAUCCUGAUACAAUUCGCCACAGACGUGACCAUCAUAGGGGAUGGAAGUCAGGAACCAUUCCAGGUCGAUAGCAACAUUAGUUACUCAUUUGACAAUCUUAUAAGUAGUGGCCAGCAAUAUGCCCAGCAAAUGGACAUCCGUACCCUGGGAGAAAGUUAUGAUGACAUUACAGAGAAAAUCACUAGCAUGUGUACAAGGGAUGCAACAGCCCUCGGACCAGCGCUAGCAACAGCUAUCGGCAUGGUUACUGGAACCAACGGUUCAGAGGUUGUAUUGUGUACUGAUGGUGCACCAAAUAUUGGCGUCGGUAGUAUGGAAAGCUCAGACACUAGUUGUAAGGAUUUCUACACCAUGGUCGGUAACUACGCUAAAGAGAGUGGAAUAGUUGUUUCUAUCCUGGCUGUUGACGGAGAACCUGUUGGACUUGAGAAUGUGUCUCCUUGUGCCAAUAUUUCUGGCGGGAAUGUUGAUGUCCUUGACCCUCUUGAGAUUAUGAGACAGUUACGUCUGAUUUCCCAAAACUUCAUCGUGGCAACAUCAGUGAGCGUGGAUUUCCAUCUUCACCCUGAGCUUGAGGUGGAUGACGACGACUUCCCAAAGGGCAGCAGUCGUAUCACUAAGGAAGUUGGUAAUGCCACCAGAGACACAGAUGUUACAUUCUUUUUCAGACGAAAAAAUACGGACAAGGAUUUGGAAGUGGAUUGUCUCCCCUUCCAGGUUCGUGUAAGCUUUACAAUGAAAGAUGGACGUAAAAUGUUGAGAGUCAUCAGUAAGUCCAUGAAUGUCACAAAGGACCGAGCUAAGAUGGAGGAGGAGAUGAAUGUUGCCGUGGUGGGUCUGGCUACGGCACAGAAAACAGCUGAUUUAGCUUCCAAGGGAAAAGUGGCACAGGCAAGAGAUAGAUUGACCUCCGUGAACAGAAUGUUCAACAAGGCAUGUAACUCUGACGAACAGAAGGAGGAGAGAUACAACUUCAGGACAGAAUGUGCUGAACUCCACCAGGACCUCAACAGACGACUGAGUAACUAUUACCAACACACUGGGAAAGGUUCGGACAUGUCGUCCAGGAUGUACAGUCAUAUGAUGAGGCAAUCACAUUCCAGGUAUGCUGGGGCGUCUAACUCCAAAAAGCAUGGAAUGGCAAUGAAAAGGCAGACGACCGACGAUAAUGUUCGUCAACAAUAUUACCAAUAUCAGUCUCUGAAAACACUUAAGAAAAUGAUGGAGUUUGGUGGAAAUUUGGUGUACGUUGGUGGGGGAGGUGAGGACGAUGUGGAGAUGGUCACUGAGGAAGAUCAGAAAGAACUUGUACCAUCAACACCACAGGAUGACCAGGACACAGGCGAUUCAUGCAUACUGGACAUCCUGGACACAGCCGGUCAAGAGGAAUAUUCUGUGGUUAGGGAUCAGUACACACGUACUGGGGAUGCUUUUCUCCUGGUGUAUAGUAUAACUGACCGGUCAAGCUUUGAGGAGGCGGAGGCGAUCUAUGACAUGUUACUGAAAAUCAAGGGAGAUAACCAUGUUCCAGCGGUUCUAUGUGGCAACAAAAUUGAUUUGGAUGCAACACGAGAUGUCUCACAUGACGAAGGCAAAGUAUUGGCACAGAAACUAGGGAUUCCCUUCAUGGAGACUUCCGCCAAAGACGGAACAAAUAUCACACAGGUUUUUGAAGUACUGGUGAAAGAAGUUCCUAGAUUGCAGCCCUCAUACAAGGUGGUCAUCCUAGGGAGUGGAGCAGUUGGAAAAUCAGCGGUCACCCUGCGAUAUAUCACCAAUGAAUUUGUUGAUUGUUAUGACCCUACAAUCGAAGACUCCUACAGAAAAAAUAUCAACAUUCCUGGCCUGAGGGAAAAACAUAAGAAAGCUGGAACUGAUAAAAAGCAACACUCACAGCUUCCUCAGCAACAGCAAGCAGCUAUGUCUAAUGAACCCGAUGGUGCUGGUCAGACCACUUCACCACUCCCAUCUAGCUCUGGUAGCUCCGUCCCCAAGGAACCGAAGAAGUGUGAGAAAGCCACCAGUAAUGUGGUUCUUGUUUCCCUAAGACUCUGGAUGAUCCUCAGGCCACGGCCACAGGGGACCCUGUAAAAUGCGACUGUGAUGCCGUCCUCUCCUCAAUCUCAAACACGGUACAAGAUGACGAAAACCUCAAAUGGAAUUGUGAAUUUUGCCAGAAAGAGAAUAUUAUACCAAACACCAAGAAAGAGGAGGUCCCCACCGAGUCUGUAAUAGACUACAUCAUGUCCCAACCAGACCCUUCCGACCCCGAGGUGGG